UUAAAUACGAAAUAAUCUCGAGUGCUUGUCGGUGUUGCGGAGUUCUAGCAUAUUUACAUGGACGAAUCAACGUGUUUUUCCUCUCAAACCGGCUUAUUAUGGUAACUGCGAUAAUAGAUUCAUGUUUGUAGUCAGUGAGUAACCUAUAACCGCAGAACCUGGAAAUCUUAUAUGAUUCCUUGAUGAGACAGGCCUACGUUGUCUUACACACCGCUAAAGGAGAGAGUGCAAACUGCAAUGGCGUCGUCUACCGAACUGCCAUCCAGUAUGCCGAACGCUUCAGCAAUAUGUGAUAUUACAUUAGUGCAGUUUUACUGGAUAGGUAUCAAUAUACCUCUAGCGGUUAUUCUUCUACUUGUGGCCACAUUAUGCCGAUGUCAAUUCAACCCUUUCAAAUGUUGUGGUCGACCAAAAUUGGUUUAUCCCAUGAAUUUUCUUGACGGAUAUUCGAAUCGUGUGCCAUAUGUCUUCGCAUUCUUGGUCACAAGUAAUGUGAUUAUCGACCUCCUGCAACUGGGUCCCGAAGAAUAUCUGGCUCAAUACUCUUCUACAGUUCGAUUUUUUCUAUGGGCUACCAUCAAGUACAUCUGCAUCAUCAUCGCUGGGCUGGUCUUUUACCCUCUUCUGGCAUGCAUCACGUAUAGUAACUUCUUAACAGAUGUUCUGGGGCUCAUGUUCACCUGUAACUGGUUUGCGAUGUACAUUUACAUUUACACGCUCUGUCCCAUUGGGGUAAGUUUCAGAUUCACACAAUGUCUUUAAUAUUGUAUU